AUGCGGCGUGGCUGCCGCCUUCUCACCAAUCAUGCGGCACUGACGCCUUCAGCUGCUGCAACUACAACUGGAAUGGGUACUACUACCACUACUACGAGUACCGCUGUGGAGCCACAGUGGACUCCGCAACAGCGUUGUUACCGAGAUCUCAUGAAAAGUCUUCGCUCGGCGUACUUUCACGAUCGUGCGAAAUUGUUCUGGUCACGCCAUCGUGUUCUUGUGGAGUUCUACAAGUACUCGGGGGAAACAAAUGGGGAGGCUGUUCGACAGUUACUGGGUGUUAGCCAUGAGGUUGCUGCAUUCAUUUCUCAUCACAUGCGUACGGAUGUGGAGCGCAUUAUUAAACACAAUGAGGCGAUGUUGGCGCUUCCCGUAGAUAAAGCGAAAAAGUUCCGCAAUGAUUAUCUCUUAGCAGAGAAACAGCAUGAUUCAUGGUGCAAGCAAAAGAUCAAGAACAUAUUAAGUCGUCGACCGCCCCCACCGUAUCCGUUUUUCUAA